ACCCCACUAAACAAGAGAAUUCUUCCCUUUCCAUAUGCACCACUAAGCAAAAAAAUAAAUAAAAUAAGAAGCAAAAUCCUAGGUAACCCCUACCAUAUAACUAAAGGUAUUGCUCAAAAUAUAUACACUAAACUACACUACAAUUAUCCCACCAUUCCUCUCACUUCUCACAUCAUUCUCUUCCCAAAAGAAAUGGAGGAACUGCUCUUCCCUUCUACUCAUACCUUGCUAAUUCUCACAACAUUCUUCCUCCUCUUUCCCUCCAUCGCCUCCCAAACUUGCCAAAAGACCUGCGGCGACCUCCCACUCCGUUACCCUUUUGGCAGCGGCAGUGGGUGCGGCGACCCUCGCUUCCACCCUUUCAUCACUUGCAACGACCAUCAGCAGCUAAUCUUCACAACCCACACUGGCUGCUACCCCAUCUCCAACAUAGACUACACCAACCAAGUCCUCUACAUCUCCGACCCCACCAUGUCGACGUGCGCCUGCAACCAGCCGAGCAAAGGGUUUGGCCUUGACUGGGAUGCCCCUUUCACCUUCCACGGCGACACCAUCUUCGCCCUACUCGACUGCGCAAGCUCCUCUCCUGUUUACUCCCCAAACGGGAUGUUCAAUGACCGAAACAACUCGUCUCGAGUGUCGCUUUGCGAUAGCCGAGGAAUGCCGAUUUGUGGAUUCUUAUAUGGGUGUAAGCCAAUUGUGAGCCUCAAUAUUCCAAUCUCUGGGUGCUGUGUUUACACGCCUGUGAAUUUUGGGCCUUCUUUUGAGAUGGACUUGGAGAAGCUGAAAUGUGGUUCUUAUUCUGGGUUUUAUAGCUUUAAUGGGAGAGAGUCUGAUGCUGAGAGCUGGAAAUAUGGAAUUGCUCUUAAGUAUAAAUUUGCUAUCGAUAAUGUUUAUCCGAGUUGGUGUUCGAGCUGUGAACAAAGUGGUGGGGUUUGUGGGUAUUCGGGUCCUGUUGAUUCUUUUAUAUGUAAUUGUCCUCCUGGAUUCAACACUACUACCAAUUGUUUCUUUGGAGCCUCUUACAAUGGCGCUUCAAAGUUUCUUCCUAACCAUUUACCAUGGAUUUGGCUGAUUAUUUUCUCAGGUUGGCUAUUGGUUUGGUGUUCCAGAUUUUAGUAACUUCAAGGCUUUAAAAUUUUAUUGUCAAAAGGAUCAUCAGCCGUGAAGAAGUUGGUGGAAAAAAUAAGAAUAUCAAUUAAUUCUAUAUUAACAAGAGUUUAGUUCAGUACACGGUUGAACUAUGUUUAUUUUAAUAAUAACGAAGAAGCGUGGUUUAUGUUUUCAAAUUUGAAUGAAACAUAUUAAAAAUAAGAAAAUAAUAAGGUGAUUGGAAUCAGGUUCCCCUUUUUUCAUGAGGAAAAUGAUUCUAUAAAAUCCACUA